CGGCAAACUGCCAAUUUGGUUUCAUCGCCUGAAACGCAGUCUUUGGUGAAUAAUAAUAAUAAUAAUCAUAUUGGUAAUAACAACAAUACUUUUCAUUAUACUACUACUAAUAGUAAUAUUCAAUCUACAGUAGCAGUUGGACAAAAUUCUCAUAUUAAAUACACCGAGGAUUAUGUAAAUAUUGUGAAAAUGUUUCAUCAAUAUGAUAUAUUAGAAACAUCGUAUCAUUUGAUGAUUAAUCGAACAGAAUUACACUUUUGUGAUGAAACUAAAGAAA